CCCCAGAUCGCGGCCGGAGCCGGGGCGGCAGCGCCGAGCCGAGCCGAGCCGGGCGGAGGCCAGCAUGAAGGACCGAACGGGGGAGCUCCGCGCGGCUAAGGACAGUGAUGAUGAUGAUGAAAUCACUGUUAGCAUGGACCGGGAUCGCUUCAUGGAUGAGUUCUUUGAACAGGUGGAAGAAAUUCGAGGGUUCAUCGAUAAAAUUUCUGAGAAUGUGGAGGAAGUGAAGAGGAAGCACAGUGCUAUUCUUGCAUCCCCCAACCCAGAUGAGAAAACCAAGGAGGAGCUCGAAGAAUUAAUGUCUGACAUCAAAAAGACAGCGAACAAAGUGCGCUCCAAGUUAAAGAGUAUUGAACAGAGUAUUGAACAAGAGGAAGGAUUGAAUAGAUCAUCUGCUGACCUGAGGAUAAGGAAAACACAGCAUUCCACAUUGUCGCGCAAGUUUGUGGAGGUGAUGUCUGAGUACAAUGCCACCCAGUCUGACUACAGGGAGCGCUGCAAAGGGAGGAUUCAAAGGCAGCUGGAAAUCACUGGCAGGACCACGACCAGUGAGGAGCUGGAAGACAUGCUGGAGAGCGGGAAUCCAGCCAUCUUCUCCUCUGGGAUCAUCAUGGAUUCCAACAUCACCAAGCAGGCGCUGAACGAGAUCGAGACGCGGCACAGCGAGAUCAUCAAGCUGGAGAACAGCAUCCGGGAGCUGCAUGACAUGUUCAUGGACAUGGCCAUGCUGGUGGAGAGCCAGGGCGAGAUGAUUGACCGCAUUGAGUACAACGUUGAGCACUCCGUGGACUACGUGGAGCGGGCUGUGUCUGACACCAAAAAGGCUGUUAAGUACCAGAGCAAAGCCAGGCGGAAGAAGAUCAUGAUCAUUAUCUGCUGCGUGGUCCUGGGCAUCGUCAUCGCCUCCACCUUGGGCGGCAUUUUCGGAUAGAUCUUGCCAGGGCGAAACUUUCUCUGUAGACAAUGCGAUGGAGCUGCCGAGCUGCCCCGGCCCAGCUGCGCCUGAGGGGAGCCAAGCCCUGCAGCCGCCAGGGAGGGGCCCUCCCAGCAGAAUUUCAGUUUCUAAUGCAUGAUCGUUUUGUAA